UGUGACAGUGAAAUACUAGAAGCUGUUGUCUCUGCCUCUGUCCUCACUCAGCUGUUAAUCUUCACACUGGAGUCACCCUCUCUUUGACGAGGCUGCCCAGAAUGCUGUCUUUGGUCAUAGUCACAGGCCUCCUGGCUUUUGUCUCUGGUAAACCAUGUGAUACCGAAGGAUCCAACAGAGAGCUGCACCUAACACUCAAUAAGAAUCUCCUCCGCUCUCUGGAGACACAGGAAGGACUCCCCAAUCCCAGUGUCCACUUGGCUUUACGGCUUUCUGAUAACCACAACCUCGCCAAGGAGAAUGAACACCUGAAUAAACUGAAAAAUGAUUUGCACAAUGACCUUCAGAGCUCUCUCUCUAACAGCCAGUCUGUGGUCGGCCUCUUGGCGCUGUACACUCUGGCUUUGAAGUCCUCCUGCCACGACCUCAACACAGUCACCUUCACCGUCAGUGAGAAGAGCGAGAAGCUGCUGACACACCUGAAGAAUCAGAUGGAGCAAGAAAAAGAGCACAUUGCCUUCAGCCACCGCCCUUUGACCAACUAUUACCAGUACUCUCUGGGUGUGCUUGCUCUUUGCGCGAGUGGCAUCAGGGUCAACAACCAUGUCAGCAACAAGCUCAUCAAGGCGGUAGAAGAUGAGCACUUCAAACAUGGAGACUCCGAGAGUACUGACACCUACGCCAUGGCUGGAAUGGCGCUCCAGUGUGUAAAGGACUCUGGUUCUCAUGUGCAGAAUGCUGCUGAGCUCGACACAGCUCUCAGCAAGAUCAAGGAGAAGCUCUUGGCUGCUCGACGGAACGACGGUCAUAUCGGCAAUGAGUUCAGCACAGGCCUCGCAGUGCAAGCCUUAUUGGCAAUGGGCACCCAUAUUGCAGACUGUGCUGCCUCAAUGGAGGCCAUGAGGACAGGUGCCAGAGGCAACACGUACCACAACCCCAUGGCCGUAUCUCAGAUCCUGCCAGCUCUGCAGAAGAAAUCCUACCUGUUGGUUAAAAACAAGGAGUGCCACAAUGAGGAUGACACUCUGGUGCUGGAGCCCAUAGAUCCUGUGGUGGUUUUACCAAGCAAGACCGAAGUGGCUGUGAUGGUGGAGGUGGUGACGGCCAGUGGAGCAGCUGCUCUGUACUCUGUGAAUGUGCCAAAGGGCAGCUCUCUGCUGCAGGCCCUUGAACUGCUCAGUGGAAAAGAUGUUGGCUUCACGUUUGAGAAGGAGUCCAGCCUGUGGGGGCCUUUCUUAAGUAUGGUGAACGGAGAGCAGGCCAGACAGAGCGACCGCAGAUACUGGCACCUCUCCUCUGAUGGCACUGCACUUACUGAGGGUAUCAAUGAUUACAAGAUUGAGGUGGCUCAGAAGAUCAUCAUCAAAAACUCAAGCUACUGAGGGUCACUGCAUCAAAAGCAGUUGGGUCUCGACAUUUCUCUAUCCUUUGCUGUUUUAGCACUGAUCAUACUUAAAUCAUCUGAUGCCAUGAAGUAGGCUUGAAGCUUGAAUAAAAGUGUAAUUUAGAACUAAAUGAACAGACUUUGUGAAUAUUCUGUCUUCAGAAUGUAAAUGAUAAAGAUUUUUUAUGAUGGUUUGUUAAAUGAUUGUGAAAUGUUUAUUAAAAUGUCUUAGAAAGCAUGAUUGUGUUUUUUUAAACAAAUAAAAAAAGUUUGGAUGGCUUUUUAAAUGAAGAA